AUGUACAGAUGCACACGAGUGCACUGCGGCGUACUUGCCGUUCUUGUGGGAGAGCUCAAGAAGGUGCCGGCGUACGUCUUCUACAAGGCGAGGGAAGGCGCCAAGACGUAUGUCGACUCCGCAUCAAAAGCGAUUGAGUUUUUGAAAGGAGAGGACCCAAAUGAGGACCCGGUCAUGCGUGGCAAGCGCCGCCAGCACAGGGAACUGUACCAGGCCGUCCUCCGUGAGCAAGCUGCAAAGGCGCAGGAGGAUGCGGCGCAGAGGCGCGCCCGUCUGUCAUGGAAAGAAAAGCUGCAGCUCUCCUUCCAGGAAGCGAGAGAAAGCGUGACGCAGUUGACGUCGGCGAAGGCCGGAGUGAUGGCGCUGCUGCAGCACUGCACCGCCUCGCACACGGCCGAGGUGGCGCUGGAGCAAGGCAUCGAUGUCAAAAACGUGCAGAUGGUCUUUGAGAAGGCGGCGGCAAGCAACUCGGUUGGCGUCGAAGAAAUUGUCGUUGGCUACAUCGACGCACCGGGCGCCUCGCACGAGGAGGUGAUGGCGUUCGCCGAAAAGCUGCACAAGGUCUGCCCUGUGGCGAAAAGCAUGCAUAUCGAAUGGCGCCAAGGCAGCGCUGACUCGCGCAGGCACGAGGAUGGCGCCGUCCGCCGCGCCGAUGGGCUGCACCGUGAAAUGGAGCAGGCGGCCAGCGGUGUGGAGUGGGCUGAGAGCCGCACCGGCAGCAACCUCGGUGGUCGCUCUUCUGCUGCUGACGCCGCAUCGACGACGAGUGUCGAGAGCAUGCCGGCAGGGAUGCCAGGCUCCCGAAGGGUUCAGUCGUCGAUGUCGAGUCGGGCGACCCGAGGCGGCAGCCUGCGAGACGACGAAGACAAGCUGCAUUUUCCUGGCGUCGAGAAAAGGGACACAGCUUGGGAUUCCACGCGCCACGGCAGCAGCCGUGCCAAAGAGCCGUCAACGGAGACGAGCACUGCCAGCCAUCGGCCACCGCCACCUGAAUCAGCGUCUGCUGCGACGACACAGCCGGGGGCAUGUAGCAGCGACCCCGCUUCCGCCUCGCCGUUUCCGAAGCCCUGA